CUAAAAUUAAAAUUAGAAAAGUGAAGUCUGUUUAUAAAAGUGGAAAUGUCUUGUCUCUAUCUCGCUCUUUCUCUCAAUUUUCUCUAUCUUUUCAUGUUUUCUCUUUCAUUUCUCUUCUAAUUAUUAUUAUUUUCUUCAGAUCUCUCAAAUCUCUCAUUCUAUUCUUUCCUUAAUUUCGCUUCUAAUCGGAUUACCAUUAACAUUAGCUGUUCUUCUGGGCUGUGUUCUUAUGAUUAUAAGAAACUUCCGUUUUGGGGCGUUUAUUCAAUGUUCUAAUCAAAGGAGGAGUUGAUGGGAGAACUUUUUGGAUGCUCUUUAGGAUUGGAAAGAUUAUGAUAAAAAAAAAGUUGAAAUAUUUUUGCCUUUGCCUUAUUGUGUGUGUGUGUGUGUUUUUUUUUUUUUUGGAAGAUCAAUAAAUAAUUGUAUUUUCUUAAAUACAGUAAAUUUCUCCAUUCUAGAGUUCGGCAUGGGUCAUUUUUUUGAUUGGAUGUUUUUGAUGAUGGGUUUUUAUUUAUGAUUGGAUGUUUUUAUUUAUGCCUGUUUUCUUAUGGUAAAGAUUUACUUUUUGGGGGGUGGGGAUAUGAAUUUAGGGUUAGAUCAUGGUGAUGAUUUUUAUGUUGUUUGGUUGAUGAUGUGAAGGAAGAAAUGUAUGAUAGCAUGUAUGGAAGUAUUGCAUUUUGAACUUCUAAGAAUUGGAAUAUAUGUUUAAAGAAACUUUUGUUUUAUAGGACAUCUGAGUAUUGGAGAAUAAGUUCUUUCGUCUUUUUGGCAUUCUUAGUCUGAGGUUAAAUUAGCGGACAAUGCAAAGAGACUACAAUGAUUAGUAUAUUCUCAAGGAUCCGUGCCUUUGUCCUGAAUGCUAUGUUAACCGUUUCUUGGUUUACAAGUGCUGCAAUUUGAAAAAGUGGAUUUGUUAAUAUUCUUUGCAUGUUUGCUUCUCUUCCAUUUGUAGAAGGAAAUGCUUUGUAUUUCUACUGAAAUAAGUGCAUAUUAUAAAUUCCAAAUAAAUAGAUGAGAAGGUUUGAUUAGCAAGUAAUACUUUGCAUGUCUUGUAUUUCUGCUCUUAACUUGGAUGAAGGGGAUACUUGUUUCCUUUUUUGUAUUGAGGUGGAGUAUGUGCUAAAGUUUCAUUUCGUUGUGUGUCUUUUCUGAUAAUUCAAACUUUAUAGAUUUGCUGUUAUUUUCAAGUUAUAUUUGUAUGUUUUAUUUUUUGUUCUUAUAAAUGGAUAGAUGCAUGGUGGCCAGUUAGCUUUUUCUUCUCUAUGCUAUAUUAAAUGUGGAUUAUGGUAUGGCUUGUACUAAGAUAAGUUUUUUUUCUUUUUCUUUUUACUUUGAAGCAGUGACAAACUGUAACAAGUUAUUGGAACACCAUGGGCCAAAGAAAUAUGCUAUGCCCUAAUCAGAUGAUAGAUUUAGAAAUGGACCAGCAAGGCCAAGGAUAUCUACAUCCUGAGCCCUGCAUCUUUAUGGGUGGCAGGCCUAAUUACCCUCCACCUGAUAUCCAGAUGGGAGUCACGGCUCCAGGGAAUGCUACUAGUCUUGAUACUCAUCCCCUACCAGAGCAUUAUGACAGUGGUAUGUUCUAUGGGUUACCCCAGUACCCAGGUGUUCAGCAUCAUAAUCAUUCCCCAAAUCUUGAUCUUGGUAUUGGAAGUGCAUCCAACUAUUACAUCCCCUAUGUGGCUAACCCUUCGUCGAGUGCUCCUGUAAAUCAUGGACCAGCCGACCAGAUGCCAUCUUCAAGCAACUUCAACCUCCUAGGAGUUUCUGCAAAUGAAUAUGCAAGGAAUUGCCACUUCAUGGAUAAUGUUAGGGGCUCGUAUAAGAGAAAGAAUUCUGAAGGAGUCCCAGGAAAUUUUCAGCAUUUUAAUGCCCCAUCAAGCUCUAGUUCCUCAGUUACACCAUUAAGUUCUAGACAUCCUGACGGAGUUGGGACAAUGGAUGGUGCAUCCUUCAACAUUCCUCAGUAUAGGGGGAAUGGCCCUCCAAUAAUUAGAGAAGCAGGACCUCAAAGAAGUGUGAGGAACAGAUUAGGCGCAACUCCAGUGGAACCUGUUUUGAUGCAUAGUGCUAACCAUGUUUUUCAAGGAAACUACAUACGUCAGCCCUUUCAGCCAACAAUAACAGAUGGAGGUGCCUCAGCCUGGACUCAGGUUCCUGGGGUUCCAUAUAUGCAUGGUAGCAAUGUUGGUGCACCUAUGGAGACUAGUCUUAGAAGUUCCACAAACUUUUCACAUGCUUCUCCCCUUGAACUUCGGAACCAUAAUUUUCAUCACCCUGCACCACCUAUUGAAGGAGUAAGAGGUCACAGCAUUAAUAUUCAUCCACAAGUAGCAGCAGUUCCUCCUCGCUUUCCAGCAAGUUACGCCUCACAAAGCUCCAUGAAUCUUUCGCAUGAUGGUUGGGAGAUGGGGCGUAGGCAUCUGGGACCAGUUCCUCCUAGUGGCUUUAGGUUAUAUCAUUCCCGCCGAGAGAGUGGUAUCGUACCUGAGACAACUGUGAGACACCGCAAUCUUCCUCACCUAAGAGUACUUCCGCCUGAUGGAGUUGCUGUACUGGAGCUCCCAGAAUUUUAUGAAGUAGGGAACUUUAUUGAUCAUCACAGAGAUAUGCGCUUGGAUAUAGAGGACAUGUCUUACGAGGAACUGCUUGCUCUGGGUGAGCGGAUUGGAAAUGUGAACACUGGAUUGUCUGAGGAAACCAUUACAAGUAAAUUGAAAACAAGAAGUUAUUCAACAUUUGCUACAACUAUUAAUCUGGAAGAGGCAGCACCUAUUGACCAGGAACCUGAUUCUUGCAUUGUUUGCCAGGAGGAUUAUAAGAACCAAGAGAAAAUCGGAACUCUUGAUUGUGGACACGAGUAUCAUGCAGGUUGCUUGAAGAAGUGGCUGGUUGUCAAGAAUGUAUGCCCCAUCUGCAAAUCCGAGGCGAUAGCCACAGAGUCCAAGAAUGUAUAAAAUAUGGAGGUGAGAAAAGAGUAAUAAAUUACAUAAAAUGGUUGAUGUUGGUAGAAUCAAUCUGGGAAAACUCACCUAGAUGUUUCUAGAUUGAUAUUUUGUCAAAGUAUUUUGUACAUAAACUUGCGGAUAUCUAACGGACAGUCCAUCCAUUAUUUGUUGGCUUUGUAAUUAUCAAACAAUUGUACAGACUCACUAUGCAGUUUCAAGCUGUAAUGUUAACUUCAGCUAUAAUGUGCUUUUUCACAA